AUCAGGGAGCAGCGGAAGUAUCCCCGGCAUCAUGGCGAAGUUUUCGGUGGGAAGGGAUGAGGAUGACGAUAACGAAGGGACUAGCAAUCCAAGGCCCAAGAGGCAGAAGGGGAACUUCUCCAGUUUGGAAGCGACACAAGAAAGGCAAGCUCGGAAGCAUAAAUUGGAUCUGGAAGAAGCAGUGGCUUCCGAUUGCGAAGAAGAAGAAGACGAAGAAGAAGAAGGUGAGGGAGGGGAAGAGGGAGAGGCAGAAUCUGAGAAUGCCGAAGAAGAUGGGGAAGAAGAGCUAGGGGAGGAAAGGGAUGACGGUCAGUACGAUGCCGAGAGGUGGAAUGCUGAGCGGCCAUCGGAUGACACAUACGGAUCCAUUUCCGUAACCCUAACCGAUCCGGAUGUGCUCGAUUGCCCUGUUUGUCUCGAACCUUUGACGGCUCCAGUCUACCAGUGUGAGAAUGGGCAUGUGGCAUGCUCCUCCUGCUGCGGCAUGCUUAAGAACAAGUGUCCUCCUUGCGCUUUGCCAAUCGGCUAUAAUCGCUGUCGGGCCAUUGAGAAGGUUAUUGAAUCAAUCAAAAUAUCAUGCCGGUACAUGAAGUAUGGUUGCAGGGAAAGAGUGAACUACCCUAAGAAACACGAGCAUGAGGAGACCUGUAUCUACGCACCAUGUUCAUGCCCUCUUCCUGAUUGCAACUUCAUUGGAUCUUCUAAGACCUUGUUUGCACACUUCAGCAGGAAACAUCCAACCUCUGCGAAGCGCUUCAGGUAUAACUGUCACAUCCCAAUAACCAUAACACCACAACAGAAGUACCUUCUCCUUCAAGAACGCAGUGAGGGCAGACUUUUUAUUCUCUACAAGGGGACUGAACUUAUUGGAUACACACUGCACGUUAGUUGCAUCGGGCCGACCUCAUCGAGCAAAGGUUUUGCAUACCAUCUCGUAGCCGGUUCUGGUUUCCCUUCCGUGAGCCUACGCGCUCACACAGAGUGCUCACUGGGGCUAGUAGCAGGUGAUCCUCCUCUGAACAAGAAGUUUCUUCUGGUUCCGCCUGAUUUGCUGGCUUCCCCCGGGCUGCUUAAUUUGAAUCUCUACAUAUCGAACAUCCUGUAAGCAUCAUAUCCAUCCAUCCUCCUCCUCCUCCUCCUCUUCUGAAGAAGAAGAAGAAGAAGAAGAAGUCCUUGUUUAAAGUCGUAUCAUUUCACCUGGGUAUAUAUAUAUAUAUAUGUAUAUGUAUAUGUCGGGUGUUUACUAUUAUUGUUCUGGGAAAAUAAAAUUUUAGACACGGUUGCUUUUCUCUUAUUUCUUUUCUUGGAGCCCAUAUUCCAAUUUAUACUGGUUUAUUUAUUGUCA